AUGUCCACUAAUAUUGCUAAAGGGUCAUCCAUUUUCGAAGUUUGGAUGUUACGAGAAUCAGAUACAAUCCAGGCAUUAGCCAAAGCACAUGGUCAUAGAAUAGUAUUAGAACAAGUUGUUAUUACACUUCAAAAACUUAAAGGUGGUUCCCACGGGAUCAUUCACAAUCUAGGCCGUCUUUAUGCACUUAGUAUAAUUGAUUCAAAUCUUGCAUGGUAUAUUACCAACAAUCUAAUUUCAAUUGGAACUGCAUCAAAGGUAGAACCAUUGAUUCGAGAAUUAGUUGCAGAAUUGGCUCCAAUAAGUAUGAAAAUUAUUGAUACAUUGGGAGUUGAUCCACGCGUUUUAUAUGCACCUAUCGCUAAUCAAUGGGCUAGAUUUAAUGAAACCGAUAACCGCGGUGAGAUAUUAAAGGACAUGAGAGUUGGUUUGAGAGCCAAAAUUUAG